AUGGCCGAAUCGACGAAAGCCCGCAUCUUUAUGACCGGCGCCAGUGGGUACCUCGGCAGCGUAAUCACAGAACUCGCCAUCGCCCAGGGAUACAAAGUCCACGGUCUUUCCCGCACAGAGGCCAAUGACGCAAAACUGAAAGGCCUAGGAGCCGUUCCGGUUCGCGGAGAUCUCGAGGCUCUCGACGUACUGCGCCGUGAAAGUGCCAAUGCCCAAAUUAUCAUUCACCUCGCCGAUGUUAUGACCAGGAAUCCGGACUAUAGCGCAGGACUGUGUGUUGAUGCAACUGCGGUCGAUGCAAUCUGUGAGGUAGUUCGGGGAACAAAUAAACCUCUACUGGUAACUUCUGGUUCUUUGUUGGUCGAAGCCAAUCCCAACGGUGAAGAGACUACCGAGACGUCACCGCUACAGAAAAACCCAGUAAAUCAACGAUGGAAGGCCGAGGCUCAUGCUAUGACAUGGGCUCGGGAAAAGAGUGUUCGCGUCAUUUCAAUUCGUCUAGCACCAUAUGUUUAUGGACGAGGAGGAAGUGGUGUACGAUUGUUCAUGCAGAUGCAUGCCCGCAACGGCGAAGUUACAUGCAUCGAUGAUGGGAGUGCAAGAACAUCGACUAUCCACGUUGAUGAUGCAGCGCGGAUGUACCUUCUGGCGGCCAAAAAGGCAGGCGCUGGAGAUGUAUUUAACUGUACAUCAUCCACGAAUGUCACAGCGUUGCACCUUGCACAGGCAAUGGGAUCGAUCCUCAACUUGCCCGUGACAUUCCUCAAGUUCGAUGAAGCGGUGGCAAAGUUUGGUCCUUUCUUUAGUAAAUUCCUUAGCGCAGUCAAUCGUGCGUCCAGUGCCAAAGCAGUUCAGACAUUGGGAUGGGAGUCCUGUGAGCUGGGAAUUCUCGAUGACAUCAAAAAUGGUUCAUAUUUAGCUGGGGCUAAAGAGUUGUGUAAGGACAGAGUUCAACAGAUUGCUGAUGAGUAG